UUUGUCCAAAAAAUAUAUGAAAUUAUAGUUUUUAUUACUAAACAUAUAGAGUAAAAAUUUCCAAAUGAUCGGUCCUAGUGUUCAUUUCAUCGCGUCGCUAGGAGUUUUCAUUCCGUGGCAAUGGAACGCCACCGCGCUCAUCGAAUGAUCGCUUCAAGGCUGAAAGCCAGGCUUGCAAGUCGAAUCUUCCUCCUACUUUCAUCUGCCGACCCAGUGGUGAUAAAAAUAAUUUUUGGUUAAACCACUCCCGCAGGCCCUCUCUGAUUACUCAUCGCUUGCAGCAGCCGUUGACCGACUCUCGGAGGGCCUGCCGUUGUUCAUUAAAACAUUAUUGUCAUGGUGGAUGCUGAUUCAAAUUUGGAGGCUUUUCCAGUACCCAGUCUCCUUCGCCAUUCCAACAAUCCAAAAUACCAAGUCUGGGAGGUGAUUGUUUGUUUGUCCAAAAAUUCCAGCUACUACAAGUAAAUGGAGGUAGUUCUCCGUACGAGGAAAACCCAAGGCCAAGCAGGGAGGAAGGAAACCAUCAUCCCUUUUCUCCCCACCAAGCAAAAUCCAUCAAGUAAAGCAUCCCUAUCCCAGAUCUAGCGACCGCCAUUUCAGCCGCUUCCGGCCAGCCCCGCCCCACAAAUGGAGCAACCUGGAUGCCGUGUGGCACAGCUUUUCAUCUCAUCGGCAGUUCUGCUUUUGGGCAUGGUGGCCUUCUCCUGCUGUGUGGCUGCCGAAUUCACCAAAUCCAAGGCUACAAGAGACUUGAAACUGGAUGGAAGCCUGUGCUCGCUGCAGAGGAGCUCCGCAUUCGCGCUAGGGAUAACGGCGUUGGUGUGUCUGUCUGUCGCCCAGAUCGCGGGAACCUCAGCAGCAGCAGCCAGAAUUUGCUCCGGCAAUUCCAGGAGAAGGCGAUCAGCUUCGAUUGCUCUUCUUGUUCUCUCCUGGUUGAGCUUUGCACUGGCGGCCAUCCUGCUGGGAACUGCCUCGAGCAUGAGCAAUAAGCAGGCAUACGGGAGAGGUUGGCUGGACGGAGAGUGCUACCUCGUUAAAGACGGCGUGUAUAUUGGAUCAGCCAUCUUGGCCGUUUCCACCGUAAUCUUCAUCCUCGGAUUCACGCUCACAGCAACAAGCCGGGACACCCUUUUCCCCACCCGCCGCACACUCCCCGAUGUGGCCGGCAAAUCGCAUCUCAUCCAAUUCCACCCAAAAGACUCGGCAGCAGCAGCACCGUCACUGGCAACGCAACCAUGAUCGAGAGCUGCAUCUCACAUAUCCGUUUUUUUUAUACAAUUUUUUGCUAUUAAUUGUCCACAUUUUGAGUUAAAGGCUAGUCAUAAAACGGGAAUUGUGCUGCUGCGUGCCUACUACUAUAUUUGGAUUGCGGCCGCAGUCAUUCGAACAAGUGUAAAAAUUAAUGCUUUUGCAUCAAUACAUACAUACUAAAUACACAUCAGUCACACACUCUGAAU